UUUUUUUUCUAAUAGGGGCGCUCACUCAUCUCGCCUUUCCCUCAGGGUGCAGUGAAAAUUGCACUAGGGUUGGGGUCUGGAGUUUGGCUGGAGGGAGGGAAUGAGCUGUGCCCCGUAGGACCUCGGACAAGUAGCUUCUGAGGACAUCAGUUUCCUUUUCUACCACCUGAGGUAUUUACGCAAAGUGAUUCCUAAAGUCUUUUUCGGUUUAAGAUUUAUAGCACCCUCUCUCGCCCAGUUAGAACGGAGUAUAAUCAGGGGCAAACAGAAUUGAUGUUUUAGUUUUUUAAAUGGGCAUAACAGGAAAAUGGAGAAAUGAGCUCCUCAGGCCCUUUGCCCCAGUCCGUCUGUCUUCAGGCACGCUCCGCGCGGGCAGGGGCUGAGGGGGGAGGGGAGCGGAAGCACGGUCGUGCGCACAGACUGCGGUGAGUGCCCGCCUGAGGGGAGCGGAGCGCGCACCCGGACGACCCCUGCGGCUGCGGCGGCGGCGCGGAGUGAACAGAACAUCCGAAGCCUACGAGAGCUCCACCUAGUUCUCAGGAUAAAAUCUCCCCGCGUACUUCGGCGAUGGCUAAACCCCAGGUGGUUGUAGCACCUGUGCUAAUGUCGAAGUUGUCUGUGAAUGCUCCAGAAUUUUAUCCAUCAGGUUACACUUCUAAUUAUACAGAUUCUUCCUAUGAAGAUGGAUGUGAUGGUUAUCCUACUCUUACAGAAUAUGUACAGGAGUUUUUGAAUCAUCUUACAGAACAGCCAGGAAGUUUUGAAACUGAAAUCGAUCAAUUUGCAGAGACUCUUAAAGGCUGGGUCACUACUGAUGAUGCUUUACUAGACCUUGUGGAACUCAUCUACCAACAGGCCACAACUGUACCACAUUUCUCUUACAUGGGAGCAAGGCUGUGUAAUUAUUUGUCUCAUCAUCUAACCAUUAGUCCACAAAGUGGAAAUUUCCGGCAGUUACUACUUAAAAGAUGUCGAACUGAGUAUGAAAACAAAGAUCAGGCUGCAAAAGGAGAUGAAGCUACCAGAAAACGAUUUCAUUCCUUUGUACUUUUCUUGGGUGAACUUUACCUUAAUUUGGAGAUUAAAGGAACAAAAGGGCAGGUCACAAGAGCGGAUAUUCUUCAGGUUGGUCUUCGAGAAUUACUGAAUGCCCUUUUUUCUAAUCCUGUGGACAACAAUUUAAUCUGUGCAGUAAAACUAUUGAAGUUGACAGGGUCAGUUUUGGAAGAUGCAUGGAAGGAAAAAGGAAAGACAGAUAUGGACGAAGUGAUUCAGAGAAUUGAAAAUGUUGUCCUAGAUGCAAAUUGCAGCAGAGAUGUAAAACAGAUGCUUUUGAAGCUAGUAGAACUCCGAUCAAGUAACUGGGGUAGAGUUCAUGCCACUUCAACAUAUAGAGAAGCAACACCUGAAAAUGAUCCUAAUUAUUUUAUGAAUGAACCUACAUUUUAUACAUCUGAUGGCAUUCCUUUUACUGCUGCUGAUCCAGAUUAUCAAGAAAAGUAUCAGGAGUUACUUGACAGAGAGAAUUUCUUCCCAGAUUAUGAGGAAAAUGGAACAGACUUAUCAGGGGCUGGAGAUCCAUACUUGGAUGACAUUGAUGAUGAGAUGGACCCAGAAAUAGAAGAAGCCUAUGAAAAAUUUUGCUUAGAAUCAGAGCGUAAGAGAAAACAGUAAAGUUAGAUAAAAAGAUAUUAUCUUUAUAAGGCAGUUUAGGUAUAAUGAUUAGCAAAACAGAAGGAAGCAAGGAAACAUGUCACAUUUAUACCAAAUUAAGGAUGUUGAGUUUAAGUUACUAAUGUAUGCAACUUUAAUUUUGUUUAACAAUAUCUGCCAAAAAAAAGUAAACUUAUUUCCUAUAACUUAAAUUGUGUAAAUAUAUCAUAGUUUAUUAUGUACAUAUUAUGAACUGUUUUGGCUGCAAUAAAAUUUAUUUGAAAUAAGUGACAUGUUUAAAGAAGAUUUUACUGAUAGAAGCUUAUCUUACUAAAAUACUAUUUUCCAUAAGAAAAAAUAAACCUUAGCUUAUACAUUACUACAUAAAUGUAGCACCCUCUUAGUAGCUAUGAAUAAUACAAUUUUAGGUUAAGAAGUAUCCACUAACAAAUUGGGUCUCAAAUAUGAGUCAUAAUCAUGAAAAAAGCUUUAGCAUUCAGAGUUUGAAAUCGUUCUAACAACUAAUGUUACAUAUGCAAACGAAAUACUACUUACCAGGGUCUUUAAAGAUUAGUUUAUGGAAGAAAAUUGAUAGCUAAAGCAUUUUAUAGGAGAAAGCUCAAACAACCAUAGUGUUUCUGUGAUAAAAAAUAUAUAUAUAUAUUUCAAGAACAAAGUCAAGCAUACAUUUUCUGCUACUUUGGCAGCUUUUUUUUUUUCUUUUUAGAUAUACAAGUUUAAUUUUUUCACAUCACUAACUUGAUUAUUCUCCAUAAAAGAACUGGAAAUUUUGAUUUAAUUUAUAUGACUUCUUCAAUUUUAUUUUGUAGUUUUGAAGAUUUUGUACUUCAGAAUUUUAACAGGCUUAUUCAUCUACUACAUAUAUAAUUCCAUUUUUUUUUUCCUGCUUUAUAAUUUUUAAAGAGUCAUUUUUUUUCCUGAUAUUCUUUGAUUUCAGUUUGGUUCUGUACUGAUAAGUAAUUUAAGUAAAUUGCCUACCAAACUUGAAACUUGUACUUAUUUCCAACUUCCUUAUAAGUAGGUAAAAAAACAAAAACUUAUGUAUAAAAUAAUUGUAAAUAUGCAUGUAAAUAGUACUGUUAAUAAUGCACUGUAACACAUUUGGAACCUUUAUUUGUGUCAGUUAAUACAGUUAGAUUUCUGACUAAAUUUUCUGCCUGUUUAUUUGUUGAAUAUACUAGUUUAAAAUGAUUUUUUUUUUUAAAUAAAAAAGUUUGGGUUUCUGUAAAUGAAAUUUUGUAGUGGUUGCCAGGUUUGGUUUUGUUUUAUUUUAAAUUGCUUUAAAAGAGCUUGUUCCACAUGUGACAUUUGUUGGAAUAAGUAAGAUUCUCAGAUUUAAUCUUUGACUAUAUUGACCAAAAAGAAACAAAUUUAUUUUUUUCCUUAUUUUUUAAAUGUUCUAUUGAUGUUUCUCUAGAACCGUUUUACUUCCCUAAGUCCUGACGAUCACCACCAGUAACAACGCUCUCUUGUAACCAAAAAGUACAAUUAAGCAAAACAAAAUAAACAUUUUGGCCAUGUUUUGACAA